AUGACAAAUGCAUGAUUGUUACACAUUUCCGAGAUCAUGGCUGUAAUGCAUAUAUACAGCCGAUCUCAUCUUAAUAUCAUCAUUCAAAAUUUACUGUUGACAUAAAGAAAACUGGAAUUAAAAUUGCGCAAACUGCUUCAAAAGGGACGUGGCGGGUGUGAGCAGUCAACAAGGGAUGCUUACUUCUCCUAGGCACCUAAUCCCUCCUCUGGAAUUUUCUGGGAUAUUGGACAUGGAAGGGAUUAACUUCUCUAUGUCAAAAAUUGUCCAUAAAAUCACCGUCCCUGUCCGUAAAGGAAAGAAAUCAAAGUCCAUUUCAAAUCUGUUAAAACUGCCAGAGGAUGGGAGUGGUGCAUUACAAUGUCGACCAAAAUCAGCGUCCACUUCCAAUGUAGGAAAGGUAGAGAAGAAAAUACCUAAAAUUGAUGGCCCUUUCCCAAAUUGUCAAAGCUCUGAUCUUGUGCAUCCAUGCACUAUUCGUAUUGAAAAGACAACUGCGAGUGACACUACUUUCAACAAAAACCAUAUACAUGAAAAUGAUCACUCGAAAAUCAGAGGAAAAAGUACACAGAAAGGAAAGAAAAAAGUUCCUCCUAAAAGACCACCACCUCCAAAGUUUAAUGAAAGUCACUACCAAGUAUACGCCAAUAUUUUCAGAUCUCGUAGUGAGUCCGAAGUCACAGGCUCUGUGUAUGCUAAUUAUCAGGAUGACAGUGAAAGGUUCCAAGACUUGUUUCUAUAUGAAAAUGACAUAAGAAAUGUAAAUACUAGUGGAAGUGAUAAGGACUUGGGCUUACAUGUAUAUGAAAAUGAUCCUUCUAAAACAGUGGUCGGCCAAUCUGAGGAAGACUGGUAUAUUUACAUGGCUAAUGACACAAAAGUUGAUGACAGUGAUUAUGUAGUAAUGUCUCCGGAUCGAAGCCUCUCAUUAUAAAAGAAUAUAGAAAAUUGAAAAAAAUCAUUUUUUUUUUUACAUUGUGAGUGGAGAUAUGUUUUUAAACGUGAGUUUCUACUGUGAAUUUUCUUUUACUUGGUGUUGUUCUAAUGUACAGGAUGUUUAAGUACUUUCAUCCUUGUCGAUCUUAAACAAAGAUACAUUUAUGCACUUGUGGUUUUUGUGAACAGUGAGUCACUUGCCAAUAAAAAAACUUGAUUAAAAAAAACGGAAAUUCUUUUAUUUUAUCCAUGUAAAGCAUCAACUACUAUAGUAUUUUCAUAUCACACUUUAAGAAAGGAGUUUUGUUUUCCACCAUGAAUUAUUUGCUAUAUAUAAAGGAGCUUUCUACAAAUGCUGAACAGUAUCAAUAUGAUACAAGUCAUUGGUUUUCUGGAGAAGGUUCUCUUUCUGUAUGCAAUGAUAUGUAAAA